AUACUUGUUUUGUUCCGAAUAAAAUUCAGUGACAAUAAUCAUAACUGCAUUAAAUAUACUGUCCAGACGUUUGCACCACGACAUAACAAUAAGUGCCUUUAUCACAACAGAGUGCAACGACAACAGAUAUGGACAUCAAUGUCGGGAAACAUGCAGUUUGAAUUGUGCAAAUGUAUGUAACAAAGUAAAUGGAACAUGUUCCUGUAAAGCAGGCUGGCAGGGGUCGCUUUGUACUGAAGAAUGUACUAACGGUAAGUUUGGAUCGGGAUGUCAAUAUGACUGCGGCCAGUGCAAGGGAUCAGCCUGUAACAAGAUUGAUGGCCAUUGUCCGGAAGGAUGUAAACCUGGUUGGAUGGGAAGUAACUGUACACAAGAAUGCAAUGAUACACAUUAUGGUCAGAACUGCAGCGAUAGGUGCAGCGUACAUUGUGAGAGUGUGUGCAGUAAAGUAGAUGGAACGUGUUCAUGUAAACCGGGCUGGAAAGGGUCACUCUGCACAGAGGAGUGCGAUGACUACACUUAUGGACAGAACUGCAAUCAGCCGUGUAGUGGUAAUUGCGAGGAUAUAUGCAACAAAGUAGACGGAACUUGUCACUGUAGAGCGGGCUGGUACGAGGCGCGUUGUACGGAUGCAUGUAUCGAGGGCUUCUACGGUGACAAAUGCUCAGCAAGAUGUGGUCAAUGUAGCAACAAGUGUCACCACGUUAAUGGAACCUGCUUGGAUGGGUGUAGACAGGGAUUUUCUGGCGACCAGUGUCUUUUACAACUGCCUCAGUCUGAACCUUUGGUCAUCGGCCCGGUAGUAGGCGGUUGUGUUGGGGGUGUUGUGGUCAUCGCAGUAGUUAUCAUCGCAGUAUUGAUCGCCAUCAGGAGGAGGCGUUCAAAACCAUUAAAAAGACAACAGUUCGACAACAUUCAGGCUGAUAUAGAGAAUGAGAUCAACCAAAGACCAAAUACGUCUAAGACCGAACCGUUGGAAGUCCAAACUAGAUCAAACGCAGUGUAUGCAAACGCGGCAUUCUCAGAAGACGGCCUCUACUAUAACAGCGAACCCAUACCACGAGAUUCUAAGUGCACUGGAUUAAGGCUUAUUGCUGUCGAAGAACUUCAAACAUUUGUAAAAGACAACUACAUGAAAAAAGACCUUUUCCAACAAGAAUUUGAUAAAAUGCCAAGUGGACUUCAACACCCGACUAUUGUGGCAUCAGGAGCAAUUGGCAAAAAUAGAUACAAAGAUAUGUAUGCAUACGACCAUUCUCGAGUGAUCCUUAGAAAAAUUGCCGACGAGCCAUAUUCCGACUACAUCAACGCCUGCCACGUUGAUGGUUUCACAGAAGAGAAAAAGUACAUCGCUUCUCAAGGUCCUGUCAAUCCUAUGGUAGGCGACUUCUGGAGAAUGGUUUGGGAACAGGAUGUCCAUAUAAUUGUGAUGGUUACAAAUCUUGUCGAAGAAGGAAAGAUGAAAUGUUUAAAGUACUGGGGCGAAAGAACACCGACAAUACACGGUAGCUUUUCGGUCACUCUCCUAGAAGAUAGAGAGUAUUCGUAUUAUACAAUCCGAACUAUAAGGUUGCACGAACAGGAUAAUCCAAAUGCAAGUCGAACUGUGACCCAGUUGAACUACACGACAUGGCCCGAUAAAAGCGUGCCGACCAGCAGCACAAGCCUCGUUGAUUUCUGGAGAAAGGUUAGAUGUCAAAAGAGGAAGGCAAAACAACCUUGGCUAGUUCAUUGCAGUGCUGGCGUUGGGCGCACGGGGACCUUUAUUGCAAUGGAUGUUCUCUACGACCAAGGAAAGAGCACAGGGACCAUUGAUAUCCCACAGUGUGUGACCAAUCUAAGGUCACAAAGGGUAAACAUGGUGCAGACAGCGAGCCAGUACCGGUACUUGUACAAACUGACCCUGGAAAUGUUGGUACUGCCCUCAGAAUCCGUGACUGCGGAGCUGCUGGCUGAAGCCGGGCUUGAGAAAAUGUAUCAAGAUUUAUGCACGGAGGAAUCUCUGUAUGCAGACGAUAAUUCGUACAAAUCAGCAACGUCCGAUUCGAAUAAGAGUAAAAAUAGAUCGAUGGACAUCCUUGCACCUGAUGAAUAUCGCCCGUACUUGUCAUCCAACAUUCCGGACACGACCGAUUACAUCAAUGCUGUGGUUAUGCCGAGUUUUAAGCUGCCAGCAAGGUUCAUCAUAACACAGGCCCCUCUAGAACACACAUUUGUUGAUUUCUGCAGAUUGAUAAUCGAAAGGGAAAUUGGACUUUUACUUUCGUUUGACGAUUCUUUACCUAAGGUAGGUACAUUUAUCCCAGGUGAAAGUGAAACGCGGUCGUUUUCAGGGAUAAGUUUGACAGGUAUAUCGCGUGAACAGAAGGAAGGUUCUGACUUUCAUACAAGAUCUUUCGACCUUACACUCAAACAAAAGACGCACAGGUUUACCCAGAUAGUGUACACAGGUUGGUCACAGAAACAGCCACUGCCCCACAGUGCUGGAUCGUUUAUGGAUAUGUUGCGUCACACCCGAAACAUUUCCAAAAGUGAAGCACCAAUUCUGGCUCAAUGUCUAAAUGGCACCGACAAGAGCGGUCUGUUUGUGGUGUUAUGGAACAUUCUAGAACACUUGGACACUGACGGCGAGGUCUCCAUACCACGUGUCAUCAGGCACUUGAGGCUGAGGAGAAAACAGAUUAUACCAAAUUUCGCCCAGAUCAAGUUUUGUGCCGACUGCAUUCGUGGUUAUUGUGAAGAUGAAACGAGCAACACGUACGUCAACUUGUAGUGACACGACCGAAACGCCGGCGUAUAGAUAGAUCAUGCAUCGAUUCCCAUGCAGACUUUUGCAAUAAAUGUGUUUGUAUAUUAUACACUGAAUGCGUGGCAUUCCUAUUGCAAUGAAAGCCAAAGUUUAUGAAACAUAUGGUGUAUGUUUCAAAUAAUUCGUUCAUUUGGUCAGUCCAUUAUAGUUAGCAUAAUUGUGUUUGAGUAUUAUAUUAUAUUUAUAUUUUGACUGUAUCAAAAUGCUAUACAUAGCUAAAAAAUAGUUUAUAUUACAUAUUUUACAUUUUCGUUGUUUACACUCGUCUCCAAAAAAUACUUAAUACAGUUUUAUUUUAUCUCCGCUACAAACCAAACAUUUACCUUACUAUUAAUUUGUAUAUAUUUUUUAAUAUAUUUUAUCUUUAUACCAUCAUACAUGUAAAUGAAAGUGAAGAAAAAUGAAAUUAAUGACAGGAAGUAUGCGCUAAAAUGUUUGCAUGGGUACUCCCGGAAAAUAAUGUCAGCAAUAAAGAAAAUACGUUUGUUGCAUAUAGUAAAAGUUAAUACGCAGUAUUAAUGGACAUCCUUUUGUGCAAUAGUUGUGACACUAUUAAAAAGUUAUUUAUCAUCGCAUUAAAUCAUCAUGUAAUCACAAUCACCAAAACCGGAGUGUUUUACCACCGUUAUAACUGUAUUUUUUAUUGGAUGCUGUCUCUUGCACUACAUUUAGACGCAUGAAACACAAAUCAGAAAACAAACAAGUGAAUGCAACUGGGUUUCCGCCUUGAAACGGGCACUGUGAACCAAAGCUUUUGAGAUUUAAAAUCAGUUUAAGGGCGCCCAAAACCCACACUUGACCAUAUUUAUUUCAAAGAAAAUUAAAUUGUAAAUAUUAUAAACCCCGAAGCGUCACAGUGCAAAUCAAACUGCUAUAGAAUGGAAUCGUUUUAA